AUAGCUCUGAGAAAAGUGGCCCCCAGGCCCCCAUUAUUUCCUGACUAGGUCCAUGUGGCAAGCCUAAACAUGAGCAAAGUUACAGUGUUGAGCGCGGCUAGGCGAGUGGCGAUACUACGAGCGAGGAUAUUUGGUGAUGUCGUGAGGAGUACAUCAGAGAGUGAUAAGAGGGUCAUGGUGAUAUUUUCUCAUCGGCCCUGGCAUCGUGAUCUGCCUGGAUGGUAUCCCCCCAGUCAGUCAACACUGCUCCUACGACUAGAGCGACUAGGCCUAUAUCACGAUGAGCAUAAUAGCUUUGGUGUUCAGAUGGCUAGUCAAAGAAGGGAGCGAGGAAAGGGACCACCAGACAAAGAUGGACUGGGCAGACUAGUGGUGGAGAGAGAUAAGGUACAGCAGAAACUGGCCAAGGUGAAGCAUAGGAGGGAUCAUUAUGCACGUCUGUACUACAGAACACUUGCUCAACUUGAUGAAACCAAAUGGGAACUUGCAACAGCCAAACAUACAAUACAUCAACUACAACACUCCACCAUGUCAGGUGCUACUACUUGCAGCCAAGACUCUGGUACCUGGCUCUCUCCCUCCCAGCAAUGGAGGACCAUACCUGCAUUCACACUCUCACAAACAGACACCCCACCAAUUGCUCACAGACAACUCAGUGCUCACCGUCCAACCACUCACAGGCAACUACCAACCUCAUCCUCAGUACCAUCAUUUAGUGCAUUCCGUCCACUCAAGCCCUCUAAUGUAUCUCCAGUAGACAUGCCAGCAUAUGACAGAUCUAACAGAGGGUCAGACAAACUACUGUGUCAUGAAGAGUUGACUGGACUGGAGCUAUUGGACUUGUUAGCUGUUAUAUCAGCCCCCCACUGCAGCAUACACAGCCUAGAAAUAGCUAACAGUCAACUGGGACAGCCUGAAGCUAUGAAGGUCUUCUGUGCUGACCUCAGCAAGAACACAAGCAUUACAUCUCUAAGUUUACCAGAUAAUGGAAUUGCUGGGCCCAGCUUAAGUAUUUUAUUGGAUACUGUGAAGAGCUGCUCUCAUUUGAAAGAGUUGUUAUUGAGGAACAAUCGUAUUGGUGCUGAAUGUGUGGAGGCUAUUAAACACUUCCUGUCCUUGACUACACUCGACUCAUUAGUACUCACAGGCAAUGAGAUAGAACAAUACAGUCACCUAUUGAGUGGAGAGCUGCCUGGAGAGUUUGCUAUGGAGUGCAGUGGAGACUCUGGGGUGGUGGCUACACUGAGAGACACAUUGGACUGCAUGCACGUCUAGUGUAUCAUUAUUAUUAUUAUGUUUGUUCUUGUUGUUUGUUUAGAUGUAGACUACAUUAAUUAAAGUUGUUGAAUUAGUGAAAAUUUGGAUAUCUG